AUGGGCAGUCCCAGAAGCUCCCAGUCGCAGCCACCUCGUGAAGUCAAGAUCAAGUGGCCUGAGCUUGAUACAACGGUCACAGUAAAGAUAAACGAUGUAAACCCAACACUAGUUGGCUUGCUUGGAGAUGCCCUACCAUAUCGCUCCCUUCAGACCCAUGCUGUUGUUGCUGGGGACCAGCUAUAUCACCUGGUUCCGUUAGAGCAAUUGAUUUACACACCUGCCGACAAAAAGGCCCCUGAUAGAGCCAAAGAGCCUGAUGGUUCGGUAUUCCUUUCCUCAUUCCAGCACCUAGUGAUCAAGUUUGGCGAGGUGACUGAGCACCAGCCGGUAGCUACGUGUGGAAAGGUCGUGGAUGAAGACAUGGACAAAUUGCGCUGGGUUGCCGAUCAGGUUUGGAAAAGCCAGUAUGAAACAAAACGGCCUAUUGAGGUAGUGCUCUGGGAUGCUUCAACGCCCGAGCCUGAUCCUAAAAAGCUCUCGCUUUUCGACUUGCAAAGAGCCGGAGUGACUAAAGAAGUAAAGGACCUCGUAGAUGAGAUUCAUAAAGAGACACAAAAGUCGUGGUCGGAUAUUUCUGACAGCAUUAAGAAGAUUCAUCACGGUGAAGCACCAGAAAAGCCUGGAUCAAAGGAAUCCUACUUUGGUGCUAUGGUCUUUUCUAAUAGUGUGGUUCGAACUCUGGGCUACCAUAUUUUUGAUAAUAUUUUAAAGCUGGCGGUUACGCGUCCCGAAUUCACCCUCCAACAUCUCAUCAUACUCUUCCGAGACCUCAUUCCAUCGAUAGCUGAUUUUAUUGGUCACCUAGGCGUUGAAUUUCUCUGUGAGAGCUACUGGAAGGUUGAUAAACUUGUCAAGGAGAAGGUUGAGAGCAACCCCAACCAAGAGGAGGCUCGUGAGGAUUUCCUUGCGAUGAUUAGUGCGUUGGCAUUCUAUGUCAAUCUUCUCAAUGCACAAAAUCUCCACAUGUUCCCGUGGAGGCAUACGAAGGAAUACCAAAUGCCCUCAAAAUAA